GCUAGAGUAAAUCUGAUAUUUUGGUCGAAUCAGAUCUCACGUUUCGGCACACGAGCUGCAGCAGCACCCAGCCAAGAAACCCUCCUCCGAUCGGAAGCAGCCGAGGCGUCGGCGGCGGAGCAGCAGAUCGGAGAUGGGAGCUGAGUGCCGGUAUGAGGUGUCGCAGGCGGCGUACGUCAAGCUCGCGCUGCACGCGCUCAAGCACCCGGCCGCGCCCGUCAACGGCCUCCUCGUCGGCCGCCUCGUCGAGCCCUCCUCCUCCCCUGCCGUCGUCUCUGUCGUCGAUGCCGUGCCGCUCUCCCACCACCCGCACCACCUGCCGCUGCUCCCCACGCUCGAGCUCGCGCUCACCCUCGUCGAGGACCACUUCGCGGCCCAGGAGGGCGGCCUCGCCGUCGUCGGGUACUAUCACGCCAACCCGCGCCGCGACGACGCCGAGCUUCCGCCCGUCGCCAAGCGCGUCGGGGACCACAUCUUCCGCUACUUUCCCCGUUCCGCCGUCCUGCUGGUUGAUAACAAGAUGCUGGAGGAGGCCGUCAAGGGGAAGUCUCGCGACCCGGUCGUUCAGUUAUACACCAGGGAUUCAUCAAAAAGUUGGCGUCAGGCUGGAUCAGAUGCGAGCAGUCAGUUGGUUCUAAAAGAACCUUCUACCAAUGUUGUCCUAGCUGAUCAUGUUACGACAAAGAAAUGGGAGCAAAUUGUUGAUUUCGACGACCACCUUGAUGAUAUUAGCAAGGAUUGGUUGAACCCAGGCCUCCUUGACUGAAAUAGUUACGUGAUUUGAUCUCUUUAUACUUUAUCGAAACUUGCUAGACGUCGAGGUGCUGAGGCUCGUCCUGCUGCCGGAUCAUGGACUUUGCUUAAUAGCAGGAUGAGUUAUUAGCAUAAAUUGUAUUUCAAUAUAAACAAGUUAUUUUGUAACAAUUACAUAGCAGUUGAAAAUGCUAACGUUUGAUGAA